UCGUUUAGAGAAAACAUCCAAAAUUAUCGAGGCUACUUCAGCAAACCUUUCUUUUCGAAGGCCUGAAUCAAGGCGAAGGUUGAAGCGAAGGAACAACAACCGCAACAAUGAAGACAAUCCUUGCAACAGAGAAGAUUAACAUUCCAUCUCAAGUGGAGGUGUUCACAAAAGGUAGAUCCAUCACAGUGAAAGGGCCACGUGGAAUCUUGAAGAGAAACUUCAAUCAUUUGAAUCUGGAAUUGACAAGGCUCUCCAAAAACAUCAUCCGAGUUGAUGUGUGGUUUGCUAAAAAGAAGCAGCUUGCCUGCCUUAGGACCAUUUGCAGUCACAUUGAAAAUCUUAUGAAAGGAGUUAUUUAUGGCUACCAGUACAAAAUGAAGUCUGUUUAUGCUCAUUUCCCAAUUAAUAUUAGCAUCUCAAAUGAUGGAAAGGUUGCAGAGAUCCGUAAUUUCCUUGGCGAAAACGUCACCAGAGUUGUUGAAAUGAGAUCUGGUGUUGUAUGCAAGCAGGGAGCUAAGGAUGAAAUCAUUCUUGAGGGAAAUGACCUUGAACUUGUAUCCCAAUCAGCUGCUCUUAUACAACAAUCAACCACUGUAAAGAAUAAAGACAUCCGCAAAUUUCUUGAUGGUAUUUAUGUCUCCCAGAAAGGCACUGUAAUAGACACGGAAUAAUGUUAAUUAUGAAAGCCCUCAAGGA